AAUAUUCAGAUCAUCUUAAGUGAAGACCCAUAGACAUUUCUUCUGUGAAAUUGAAUAGUAUUUAUAAUAAUAGUAACAAAUAAGAAGAAGAAAGAAUCAUGGCAGAAAGUUCAGAACGAGCUCAAGUGCUUCAUAAUAAGAUGCUAGAGUCUCCUUCAGGGACAUUAUUCAAUCAACAAGAAUUACAAGAUUUACUUCAUAUAUCUAAACCAGUUGAAUUAUUAAGUUUGGCACAAGAGUUAAUUAAUAGAAAACUUGUUAAAUUAAUUAAACAAGGAGAUGAAUUAAGAUUUCAAGCAGUUUCUAUUAUAGAAGCCAAUAAAAUUACCCAAAUGACUGAUGAUGAAGCUAUGAUUUAUUCAUAUAUUGAAGCAUGGGGAAGAGAAGGGAUUUGGACAAAGACAAUUAAAGCUAAAACUAAUUUACAUCAACAUGUUGUUGUAAGAUGUUUAAAAUCUUUAGAAAAUCAAAGAUAUAUUAAAUCAAUUAAAUCAGUUAAACAUCCAACCAGAAAGAUUUAUAUGUUAUAUAAUUUACAACCAUCUAUUGAAGUUACUGGUGGUCCAUGGUUUACAGAUUCAGAAUUAGAUACCGAAUUUAUUGAUUCUUUAUUAACUGUUAUAUGGAGAUUCGCUGCUUCAAAAACAUAUCCUACUGCAUUUCAAGCUCCUACAGAAGAUUCAAAUCCUGUUCAAUCAUCAUAUCCAUCUAAUCAUACAGGUUUUGUUAAUUUAGAUACUAUAAUGGAAUUUAUUACUUCCAAUAAAAUUACUAAUAUAGAUUUAGUACUUAAUGAUAUUAGAUCUUUAUGUGAUGUACUUGUAUUUGAUGAUAAAUUAGAAUUAAUUAAUCAAACAACUGAUACUUAUAGAGCUACUUGGCAAAGUGUAUUAGAAGCAGGUUAUGGAAGAUCAUAUGAAGAAGAAGAAAAUAAAAUAGUUAUAAAUGAUAAAUUUAGACAAGUUAUACAACCUAAAUCAUUUUCAAUCUUUGAACAUUAUAAAGUUCUUCCUGAUGCUGAAGAAGCUGAUACAACAUAUUUGGAUUCUUGGUUCCAACAAUAACAGGUCACACACGCACAUAUAUAUAUAUAUUUAUAUAGUGAUAAUAUUUAUGUAUAAUCAACAUGUAUAUAGUUUAUGGUAAUGUACUUACAUACUAUAGACUCAUAGAUAAGAAUUUAUUA